GGAUAUAUGUGGCAGGAAAGAGGGAGAGAGAAAGAGGGGGGGAGAGAGAGCGAGAGCGAGAGAGAGAGAGAGAGAGAGAAUAGAAAUACGUAUAGAAACACGACAGUCCGUAGGGGCAAACGGAUCAUUAGAGGAAGGAGCAAAUUAGUAACGGUCUUGCUUGAAGAGUGGUGUGCGCCAUGGGAGACACUUUGUAAGUUAUCUCAGGGAAUGUGAACCUGACUCAUUUGAAUUACCAACCUGACUAAAUUGGAAAAUAAUUUGAGACAAAACAAAGGCAAUAACGAAGAAAAAUGAAGGACUUGCCGUCAGUGGAACGUGGGGUCUCUCAGCAGAAAAGACUGGAUGUGACCCGACCCAGAGUUUGGCUACAGAAUGACCUUGUUCGUGUGGGACUCGCUGAAACCCUCUGCACCUAUGUGAUGAUGGCGUUUGGCCUGGGGUCGGUGGCUCAGGUCGUGACCGGACGAGGAGCGUUUGGACAUUAUCUCAGCAUCAACCUCGGCUUUGGGUUGGGUGUUGCUAUGGGGGCUCAUGUUGGAGGAAAAGUCUCAGGGGCUCAUAUGAAUGGAGCGGUUUCAUUCACAAUGUGUGUGUUUGGCCGCCUGGGGUGGAAGAUGCUGCCGCUGUACAUUUUUGCACAGCUAUUAGGCUCGUUUCUUGCAGCAGGGACGAUUUAUGCUGUCUACUAUGAGGCCAUUCAUGACUAUUGUGGAGGAAAUCUGACAGUAACUGGCGCAAAGGCCACAGCUGGCAUCUUUGCCACCUAUCCUGCCCCAUACCUAUCCUUGAUGGCUGGAUUUAUUGAUCAGGUGUUUGGCACAGCGAUGCUGCUGCUGUGUCUGAUGGCUCUAUCAGACCAGAAGAACAAACCGGUUGCCGCGGGCUGCGAGCCGAUUGCCGUGGGUCUCCUGGUGAUACUCAUCGGCAUUUCUCUGGGCAGCAACAGCGGCUAUGCCAUUAACCCCACCAGAGACAUCGCACCCAGGAUCUUCACUGCCAUAGCAGGCUGGGGCGGUGACGUGUUCAGGUAA